GGCAGGUCACUCUAGAGGCACGCGCAGGAGCGCUCGCUUCGAUGUACAGUUUCCUGCUGCACUGCCCGGAGCUAGUGACUGACGAUGUGACAAGGAGGCUGCGCACUCCCACGGAUGCGGCUCUCGUGAUGCUAGCCAAUCUCACGAGCAUGCUGAAGUCAUAUGGAGCCCCGCUGAAGGCUAAUGCUGCCAUGGUGAGACUGAAGCUCUACCAGACGCUGAGCCUCAUCCCGCCGGAGUCAUACGAAGGCUCUUACUCGUCGCUGCUGAGGGAACUCGUCGCUGAAUUCACGCUGACCGACAACCCGUCGAACACGACGACGUCGAUGCUGCGCAGCAUGUGUCACCAUGACGACAGCGUCAUCCUCGGAUCGUGGCUGCAGGAAACCGAUCACAAGGCCAUCGAGGACCAGCUUCAGCCAAACAGUGCAUCAGGAUCAGGAGCUCUUGAACAUGACAUGUCCUAUGUCUACUUAAAGUGUCCCGAGGGGGAGUCGAUGCCAGGACCGCUCCCGCUGGGCGUGGCCGUCAUCGACAAGUCGAUGCACCUGUUCGGCAUCGUGUUCCCGCGCGUCACUCACAACAAGCAUCGCGUGCAGAUGCUCGAACACUUCAUGGAGUGCAUACGACAAGCUAAGUCAUCGAGGCAGGAGGCUGUACAGAUGAACAUCUUUACGGCAUUUCUCGCCGCCAUGAAGGGACUCGUCGAGACGAAGGGGUCGCUCGGGCAGGACGAUGUGAAGAAGGCAGCCAUACAGCUCAUCAUGAGUGCGUUGGCCAGCUCAAACCCGAUCCUGCGUUGCGCGGCCGGCGAGGCUUUGGGCAGAAUGGCUCAGGUCGUUGGGGACAAUAGAUUUGUUGCUGACAUGGCCCAGUUCAGCUUCGACAAGUUGAAAUCGGCACGCGAUGUUGUUACGAGGACUGGCCACUCAUUAGCACUUGGAUGCCUGCACAAGUAUGUUGGAGGGCUGAGCACAGGGCAGCACCUCAACACCAGUGUCAGCAUACUAUUGGCAUUAGCACAGGACAGUACCUCACCUGCUGUACAGGUGUGGGCGCUGCACGCGCUCGCGCUCAUCGCGGACUCGGGCGGCCCGAUGUUCCGCGGCUACGUCGAGCCGACGCUAUCGCUGUGUCUGCGGCUGAUGCUGAGCGUGCCGCCGUCGAACACGGACGUGCACCAGUGCCUCGGCAAGUGUCUGUCGGCGCUCAUCACCACCGUCGGACCUGAGCUGCAGGCGAAUACAUCUCCUAUCAUCACGGCUCGAUCUUCUUUCCUGGUGGCAUGCGCUGUGAUGCAAGAUCACUCGGACUCUCUGGUGCAGGCAGAAGCCAUUGCGUGCCUGCAGCAGCUGCACAUGUUCGCUCCCCGACACGUCAACCUGUCAACCCUCGUACCAAAGCUCUGCGUAACACUCUCCAGCCCCCACCUACUGCUGAGGCGUGCUGCCGUCGCCUGUCUGAGACAGCUCUCACACAGAGAGGCCCCAGAGGUGUGCGAGUAUGCAAUGACGUUAGUCGACAGCAAGGACUGGAAGAUCGAUAUCACCGAGACCGGACUCGAGGGGAUGCUGUUUGCAAUGCUGGACACGGAGAACGAUCGCAGCCUGGUGUCGGACAUCCACGACACACUGAUCAGCAUGCUGCAGAGCUUGGCUGGGGAGAACCUCACGCGCUGGCUCGCUCUGUGCAAGCAGGUGCUGUCAGCGUCCUCUGAGUUCAUGUUGAGUCCCGAGGAGGAAGCUGCUGCUGCUAGGGAGGAAGCAGACGAUGAUGCAGGUGCUGAAGCCACCUUCAAGGCUGGCGAAGAGCCAGAGUCACACCCCUUGGUGGCGGCAAGAUGGCCGACUCGUGUGUUUGCCGUCGACUGCAUGCAGAAGAUCGUCGCCGUGUGCAAGGAUGACUCAGCUGCACACUUCGACCUUGCGUUGGCUCGCAAGCACAAGCAGCACAAUGUUAAAUCUGACUUCCUCGUGCUGCAUCUGCCAGAGCUGGUGCGAAUGACCUUCAUCUCUGCGACCUCAGACAGUGACCAGCUCAGGAUGGCUGGUCUCAAGGCCCUACAGAACGUCAUCACGACGUUCUCCCGUGUUCCGGAACCCGAGUUCCCGGGUCACUUCAUUCUGGAGCAGUUCCAGGCACAGGUCGGUGCCGCGCUGCGCCCUGCCUUCUCUCCAGACACCGGACCCAACGUGACGGCGGCCGCGUGUCAGGUGUGUAGCACAUGGAUCGGCAGUGGUGUCGCGUGCGACCUCAACGACCUUCGUCGAGUUCACCAGCUCCUCGUCUCGUCACUCGCGAAGCUGAAGUCUGGCAAGGGCUCGUCUUCUCAGCUGUACAGUGAGACUGCUGCCACGAUGGAGAAACUAGCUGUGCUGAAGGCUUGGGCAGAGGUCUACAUCGUCGCCAUGGAAACGGACAAGGCCGAUAAGAGUAAAGUGAGCACGCCGGUGGAUGAUGAGGAAGACGAGGACUUUGCGGACUUCCAGGGGGUUGCAGGAGGUGAGAGCCUCCUGAGUCUCGUCACCCCAGAGCUUGUGUCCCUCAGCAAGCACUGGCUCGCUGCCCUCAAGGACUACGCCCUCCUAUCUCUGCCGCCUGAAUUCGCAAGUCAACUCCCACCCGAAGGGGGCGCCUUCUACAAAGCAGAGACGAUCGAGUCGACGCGGCCGCUGUACCGCGACGCGUGGUACCCGAUCGUCCACGCUGCUGCCCUCUGGCUGAACAAUGGUGGCUUUGAGAAUGUGGCCGCCGAGCGGGAGAAGGUCGAUGUAGAGGGCAGCACGAACUUGGGGCUGGGAGCAGCGAAUGCUUCUGCGACAAAAGUUCCGGACGAGAUUAACACGGACCGGUUCCAUCUGAUCCAAGGUAUUUGCGUGGAGGCUCUGUGUAGCCCUCGCACUGUUCACCCAGUCGAGUGCGUGAUGGCGUGUCUCAAUGCACUCCACCAGCUGCUGGACAAGCCGUGGUCACGCAGCGUCAUCGGGCAGGACCAGUCGCUAGGCGUAGAGCUGCUGAACGUUCUACACAGGCUGUUACUGACGAGAGAGUUGGCCAGCACACAGACAUUGGUGAUUGACGUUGCCCGGCAGGUACUGAAGACGGCCCAGGAACACCUGGAGUUGGCGAAACGCGUGAAAGCAAAGGAAGCAGACCUACCAGCCAAUCAGGACUUGGAGAGCCCCCUGGUGGGAGAGGGCGGCGAGAGCGGGGAGAUCGUCAUCGGCAAAUCGCUCGUGUUUGCGUUCCUCGAGGUGUGCAUGUGUCUGCUCGUGCGGCACAUGCCGCAGCUGAACCCGGCCUUGCCCACCGCCGCGCCGCCGCAGCAGCAGCAGCAGCCGCGCAGAGAGGUGGCGCCACCGCUCACCCCCGAGGCGCAGCAGCUCGUCGGGAGCGCCGUCCACAUCAUGUCGGAGCUGCCAGCAUUGUGCACCCCGCAAGGCAGCCUCAACGUUCUUCCGACAGUGCUGAUAUUAACGACCGGUGUGCUCAAGUACACGUCGCCACGGCAGAUCGAGGAGACAGUGGCGCCCUCUACCGCCUGCACGUCGGCGCUGCACAGUCUGAAGCACCUCACCGCGCAUCCGAUGGCGCGUGAUCGCAGCUGUGGCGACACCUGGGUCGCUCUUCUCAGGAGCAGCCUGACGACCAUCCUCGACUUUGCUGAGCCAGAUCCCACGACCAAUUGGCCGGGAAUGGAUGAGACAGUGACCAUGCUGGCACUCGCUGUCUUUAUUGUCUCCAGCCCACCAGAGGUCGUUUGCGUUCCGAUUUUGCACGACAAGUGCGUGAACGUGUUCCGAGAGGCUCUGGAGGCUAAAUACCACGUGGUGAGAAUAAAGUGUCUUCAGACGGUCGCGUCGAUCUUCCAGCAUCCGUCGCGUGCUGUCGCGACGCCCUACAUCCACGGGUUGGCGUCGCUAGUGCUGAAGCAUCUCUACGCUGCCUCGCUGAGCAAGAACGGGCUUAGCGAACCUGACGUGGCUGUGAUUGUAGAGGAGACGAAGGUAGUCGAGACGUUGGUACACCUGGCCGAGGAGGAACACAGGAUUACUCUCCUGAAGAUCCUCGUGCCCCUAUUGGUAUCGUACCUGCUUGACAGUUCGAAGCUGCCAUCUAGCAGUCGUGCUCAGAAACUUUUACACGAACGGUCUCUCCAGAAGCUAAUGGAGAUCGGGCCGAAGUUCCCGGAACAGUUUCGUGCAGUGAUGGCCGGCGCGCCACCCGUGCGCACUGCACUAGAAGAUGCAGUGAAGUUCAGCCAGCAGCGGUCAGCGGCUAGCGCCACCAAGCAGGCACAGGACAAAUUUAUCUCGCAGCAGCAGAGUGCACCGUCGAUAAAGUUGAAAAUGGACUUCAGCAACUUCAGUGGAUAAUUAUAAAUACAAAACACGAGCUUGAUUUUGUUUUCUGACAAUAAAGAGAUGCAAGGUGAAAGAGGAAACCAGUCGGGGACGCUGAACUGCUAUAUUACGUUUUCAGCAUGCAGUUGGUAUAACAGUGUGUAACAUUUGGACAUAGUACACCGACCAAGGAAAUAAUAUAUUUCCUAUAAAGGGCAGGACUAUCCAAUUAAGUGCAGUCCAAGAAUGACAACUGCAUACGACAGCAGGUAUGGUUAGUGAGCCAUGUUCAAUUGCCCGAAUAUUUUAACAUUUCUUUCUGAGAAUUGAACAUCUGCUGUAGUAGUUUUGCUGGCGAACUGACCCCAUGGGGGUGAAAGCUUCCAACCUCUUACUUUAUUUUGCAUCACUUUUCCAUUUGGUAGGUAAUUAUUAAUUGUUAUAUUCAUAUCAGUUAUCAAACAUACUAAUCUAUCAACCUGGUUACCAUUAUGAGGAUAUUUAAUGAGACCAUCAUGUAUAUUAUUAAACUGUUGCUUUUACUUGUUAUGACAGUGUAAAAAUGUUAUGAGUGAGUGAGUAUGUGCGCGUGUGUGCAUGGAUGUGGGAUACAGAUGCUUGUACAGGUAGUCAUCUGUUGCAUAACUGAUGAUGAAAAGGUGAAAUUUCGCAAUGUCACUCACUGAUCACUGAACUUUUGGAAAUAAAUGUGUUGGAGUUAAUAAAACACUUAAUUCACUAAGACAUUUGCCGUUUAUUCACGGCUUUUGUCGAUGUAUUUCCAAGUGAAUACGCUUACAAAAAGCAGGCCUACGUACAUCUGCUUGAUCAGAUGACCUUUGCACCUGUAGUAUGGGCAGUGUAAUAAAGGGUUGUUGAGCCCACCACGGUCUUAAUUGGUUUUAAAGUCGGCACUGCGUACCGGUGAAUACGUCUAUUGUUGUUGCCAAGUGAGAAUGUUACAGUGACACGAAACGAGGUUACACUCGUUAACAAUGUUUAUGGAAAACUGCUUUCCACGUAGUGAUAUUGGUUCAAAGGUGAAAUAAAAUGGUUGUCUAAUAAAAAUAGAAAUUCCUAGAGUAAUAUAGAGUUCAUAUUUACAAGUUAAUACAGGCGGAUGCCUUUCGCAGUAUGAUUUCCAUGAGUGGCAAUAGUGAACCUCGAUCUUCAAAAGAGUGACGCACAAAAUGAAGUGGAAAAUAUAAAACAGAAACGAAGACAAGAAACGCCUAGAAUUGAUAGGGAUUACAUGGUGAACCUGGGCAGGUCCAGGAAUUCUUAAAGAGAAGGGUCCUGUGAAUGCAGAGGAUGGAUGUGUCAUACUGGACGGACACGUGAACACGAACGCACGGAACACACGUGUAAAUGAUAC